CCCUCGCCUGGCCUAGAGAGCUGAGAAACAUGACUGGACGGGACGGGCUUUCAGAUGCGCGCUCUAGCAGAGCCCUGGCGCCAGGCUGCCCUCCCACCGGCUCUCGCCUUCGAAGCUUCGCCAUCAACGACCUGCUGGGCUUGGAAGCGGAUUUGCCGACUCAGACUGGACCCGGGUUAGGAUCCAGCUGUGAAGUUCCAGCGGAGGCUGCGGGGCCCAGGCCAGGACUCUGCGGUUCCUGCCCUGCUCGCGGCGCUCUCCCGCUGGGGCUGGGCCUCCUCUGCGGCUUCGGGGCGCAACCCCCCUCCGCGGCCUCUGCCCGAGCGCGCUGCCUGCUCCUCGCCGAUCUGAGGCUCCUGCCACCCGCAGGACCCGAGUCUGCGGUCGCCCACACCCCCGCCCGCCCGCCGCCUGCGCCCGGCUGCCAGCAGCGCAGCGAGAGCGUCUCCACGUCGGAUGGGGACAGUCCAUCUGAAGAAAAGAGUGACCUGAAGAUGUCCCCUACCCUGGGCAAGAGGAAGAAACGGAGGCACAGGACAGUUUUCACUGCCCAUCAACUAGAAGAGCUGGAGAAGGCAUUUGGUGAGGCUCACUACCCUGACGUGUAUGCCCGGGAAAUGCUUGCUGUGAAAACGGAACUCCCCGAAGACCGAAUACAGGUCUGGUUCCAGAACCGGAGGGCCAAGUGGCGUAAGCGAGAGAAGCGCUGGGGCGGCAGCAGCGUGAUGGCUGAGUACGGACUCUACGGAGCCAUGGUGCGCCACUGCAUCCCACUGCCAGAUUCCGUGCUCAACUCCGCGGAUAGCCCGCACGGCUCCUGUGCGCCCUGGCUUCUGGGCAUGCAUAAAAAGUCUACAGGGAUGAGAAAACCAGAAAGUGAAGACAAGUUAGCAGGACUCUGGGGUUUUGACCACCUCAAAGAAGGUGCUAAUAAUGAUGGACCUGAAAGGGGCCCAGACAAAGCAAGCCUGAACCCUGAGGAUAACUUGGAAGAUGUGGCCAUUGACCUGUCCAAUUCUUCCAGGCAGGAGACAAAGAAAAUACCCCUGGAAUCCAGUGAUCAGGGUUGUUCCCAUGCUCCAGGGCUGCAGGUACCACAGCCCCCAAAGGUGGGAGCCUCAUGAGACGAACAGAUUUGCCCCUCCCCCAAAAUGGAAAUAUGCAUAUUUCUCAUGAGCAAUUUUUAGGAGAUAA